GAAGUGAUAUUAAUAUCAUCGUAAACCGAUUGAUCGAACUAUCAACAAGUUUAAAUUUUUGUUAGUCUUGUGUUAAAUAUACAGAUUCCAUUUAUCUCAUCAUGAACUUAAAUGUUUUCCAAAUUAUCAUGAUCGCUGUUGCGUUAAUCGCCGUUGCUUCAGCAUUUGGCCUUUAUACAACUCCUGGUACUUCCUCGAGACAAGUUCGUCUUGCUCAUUCUAGUCGUGAAUUUCCAACUGGCGAUGAUGGUAAAAGCCCUAAGGGACGUAAGCCUGGUCAUAAAUUUUCACUCGGCUAUAAUGACGAGCCUGAUGAUAAAUACCCUAAGGGACGUAAGCCUGGUGAUAAAGAUCCAACUGGCGAUAAUGACUCGCCUGAUGAUACAAUUUCUAUUCUAAAUUCUGCUCUCGGUUUGGAUUGAAAACGAAAUUUAGCUCGCCAUCUACCAAAUACAAUAUAUACUAUUCUACCAACUUGGAAUUACCAAGAGUAAUUUUCUCUAUUUCUUUUCUUUUAAUUAACGUGUAUU